GUUGGCCCAAAUUAGUUUUUUGAGAAAGAAAGCCCGUUUCUGAUUCUGAACUCCCGACCCUUUAUUGUUUUCGGGUUGCAUUUUUAUAAGUUGGUUUCAGUACAAUUUUAAACCCGACCUGAUCUCAUGUGGCCCGGUUUGAUUUGUGAAACCGGGCGGCUUAAACCCUACUCGCCGAUGCUUAUACCCAUUUGACAGAAAAUCUUCUGCUCAGAUAAAAUGUCUCGGAGAUAUCAACGUUUCAGACAAAUUUCAAAGCUUUUGCCUCGCAUUUUACCAGGUAAUCAAUUACAUAAAUGUAGAAAAGCCACAAGUAUCCACUCAGCUUUCUCUACAAUUUCAGUGCCUAACUCAGAUUAUGAUGGAAUGCGUAGUACGUUGAUUUUACACAGGGGAUUUUAUUCUCAGAGGUACUCAACAAUAUCAGAGGUGUCACAUGAAUCUAAUUCUCCUCCAGUUGAUGAUGUACUAUCCUUUAUCAAAUCCACAUUUAAUGAGCUACAAGGGCCAAACCAUUGUUGGUUAAAUAAGGUUGACCACAGAGAUAAGGAUUGUCUUAACAAAGAUGGAAUCUUUUUGUUAAUUGCUGGACAAUUGAUUAAUAAUUCUCAAAUUGUUUUUAUGAUUGAGAAAAUUAAGUCAAUCCAACAGAGAUUUCCUCAGCUUUGCAUUGUGGGUUUUCAUUGUGGAAGUUCUAUUGGCUCUGCUGAUGAUCGGACUCGCUUAGUUGAAUUGAUCAUGAAGGAGUUCCUUACAUUUCCUGUUCUCUUGUCAAGCAAGAACUUUUUGCAGAUGGAAAAUGGGGCAUGCUACAUUUUGUUCAAGGAUUUCAAGAACUCUGUUAUUUAUCAUGACAGGGAUUUGGAUAUUGAAAUUCUUAACAAAGCCAUUGAGGAGUUACACAUGCAACAAAAUGGGUAUACUAACAGUGGGAUUUCUAAUUUGCGCGACUUAAAAAGCAGUUGGGUAAAACAAGCUGAGGUCACUAAGGAACCAUGCUCGUCUUCUUUUCUGCAAAAUCUAGUACUCUACUUCCCAGGUUGUGUCUCUGCAGAUGAAAGUGGUGAUCGCCUAUUCCUUUCUGAUAGCAAUCAUCAUCGGAUUAUCAUAUUUGAUGGAAAUGGAAAGAUAAUGGACUCUAUUGGUUCUUGUCCAGGUUUUGAGGAUGGAGAAUUCGAGUCUGCCAAGCUACUGCGACCUGCAGCUUCCUUUUAUCAUAAUGCUGAGGAUUGCCUGUAUAUUGUGGAUGCGGAGAAUCAAGCAAUCAGGAGAGCGGAUAUGGAAAGGCGGGUUUUAGAGACUCUCUAUCCGACUUGUAGCAUCAGUAAAAAUAAUAGUAGCGUAUGGACCUGGAUUGUGAAUAAAAUGGGUUUUGGAAGGAACAGUGAUAUGAAGUCCAAAGAAUUUGAUUCCCAGCUGCUGAUGUUCCCUUGGCAUCUUUUCAAGUCAGUGGAUGAUAGUUUAUUAAUUAUCAACCGCAGUUUUGAGUCCUUGUGGAUCAUGGAUUUGGCUUCAGGAAAAAUAAAAGAAAUUAUCAGAGGAUUUCCAAAGAUUUUGGAGACCUGUGGACAAUUGAUCACGGAGAAGGUAUCCCUCUUGAAACAGAUGCCUAAUGAUUGGCUGCAACAGCAGAUUGAUGCCAGUUGCUCCCCAGAGGGGCUUCCAUUUGCCAGUCUCCUGUCAUCUGUAACAACCUUUCAAAAUCACCUAAUCAUGUGUGACACAGUUGCACAGAGGGUGGUGAAACUAAAUAGAGAAUCAGGAAUCUGUUCAAACAUUCAGUUUUCGAAUUUUGGAAUCCUUGGAUUUCCUUAUUGGUCAUCCUUUCCUUUGGAGAGAGUUUGUUCGGAAGCUCCACCUGAUGGAGGAUGGAUGGAUCAUCUACAAAGUUUCAGCUUGUUGCCAGGUAGGAUUGACAUACGCUUGAAUGUAGAUAUCCCUGUAGAUGUUGAUCUUGUUGAACCAUUACAAGAAGGAUGUAUAUGGCGCCAGGCAAGAGGGGCUGCAACUGAAAUUUUGGGACGAGAGGGUGUUGUUGGAACCUCAGAGAAGGUUGGUGUCGCCCAGCAGUGGUACGACGAUUUGGAUAAUCUAGCUUUCUCAACUCCUGAGUCAGAGAUGGUUAAAGAAGACAGUUGUGCAAGUUCAGAUGUUAAAUCUGAAGAUAAGAGAGUUCACAUUGAUUGUUCUGUCAAUACAAGUCCAGGAACAAGUGAGGUUAUUAUAUAUGUGGCGCUGUAUCUAAAACUUAGAAGGGAUCCUGAUUCACAAGAGGUCAGUCAGGAGAAAUAUGCGGCAAGGAUAGCUGAUAUUUUAAACCCGGCAAGAAAAGGAGGAAUUGGAAGGGAUUCAUGCAUUCAACUCCUGUUAAAAUCAAAUGCCGAUUUGAGGGACCUCAUCUUUAUGAGACCCUUACAUGUGAGGAUCAAAAUGGAUUGUCCUGAUCACCCAAAAUCCGAAAAUGGAAAAGACAUCAUCUUAACCAACGACUCUAUUGAAGUUAAUGUAAUGCUUCAGACAUGAUUUUCAGUCACUACUAGGCACUUGAACAGGACACAAGAACGUUGGCCUGAAGGCUAAUUUCACCUUCAGCUCCAAGCCCCUUCCUUUUCGAUUUGAUAGGAAGGAGGGAAGGGUGAAGUUCUCCAAGUUUUAACACAUCAGAUGGCUGUUCAACAAGAAAAAUUUUGAUCAUGUGUAUGAUUAUGAGAACCUUGCAAUAUUUUUCUCCAUACUGCUGUUAGUGUCGGUAUAGGAAAAGGAUGUAAGGUUAGAAUAGGAAAGGUUAUUUAAUUAAUUAUAUUAUUGUAUUUUGAGAAUAACAGAAAAGAAAUGAAAAACAGUUAAUUACAAACA